AUGCGGUUGAAGUUAACUCAUGAGGAUGCGCCUAAGCACAAGUCAUUGGUGACUGCCGUGGGCUGGUACAAGACAGGCAAGCAGUAUGAGCUUCUAUCUGUGGGUGACGAUCAGGAGUGCUGGAAGUGGCAUGUUGAAGGGUCGCCCAUUGCGAAGCUCUGUAGCUGCGAGUCCUUCUGCACGGCGAUGGCUUGGAUGCCAAGUGGCAAAGGUUCAGACAAUGCCUUUGCCUUGGGCUGUGCAGACGGCACAUUUCGCCUUAUCAGCGAAAUGGGUCGAGAAGAGAAGAAGGUGGACGCUCACCGGGGUGCUGUGAUCGCCCUACGGUGGAGCUUUGAUGGUUCGGCCAUUGCCACCGCUGCGGAGGACGGGAUCGUCAAGGUAUGGUCCCGAAGUGGCAUGCUGCGGUCGGCCCUGGCGCAGCAGUCCCAUGCCAUCUACUCAGUGGUUUGGUCUCCAGACUGUGAACACAUUCUCUUUGCUUGCAGCUCUAAGAUCCACCUGAAGUCUAUCCAGGCAGGACAAAAGCAAGUGGAGUGGAAGGCACACGAAGGAGUGGUGAUGAUGCUUGACUGGUCUUUCGUCAACAACACGAUCCUCUCAGCUGGGGAGGACUGCCGGUACAAGAUCUGGGACGCCUAUGGACGCCUCCUCUUUAAUUCAGCUCCUUUGGAUCAUGUGGUGACCUCCAUUGCUUGGUCUCCCACAGGUAGACAGUUUGCCGUGGGAAGCUUCAACACCUUGAAACUCUGUGAUCGCACUGGCUGGUCAUACUGCCGAGAGACGCCGGAUGUGGGGUCCAUUUUUUCCAUCUCUUGGUGCAACGAUGGCACACAGCUGGCCUGUGGUACUGGCAGCGGACAUGUGGUCUUUGGGAGCUUGGUGGAUCGAUCCUGCACAUGGCAGAACAUGGAUGUGACCCUGGAUGAGAAUAACACCAUCACUGUGGUUGACAUCCUCAACGAGACUAAAGAGGAGUUGGACUUCAGAGAUCGAGUGACUGACAUGUCGUUAGCUCAUGGGGCACUGGUGGUGAACACCAACAGCCAGUGCUUCGUCUACCAAUCCACCAAUUGGAACACGCCACAUGUAGAAGACUUGAAGGAGCCACCGAUGCUGAUCGUUCAGUGUCCACACCACUUCGCGCUAGUGGACGCCAUGGGCAUCCAGAUCAUCAACUAUGAAGGUCGGCAGUUGUCCACCAUCAAGAUGAGUGGCUUGCGAUACGAGCAUUUGAACCACCAGACUCUCAGUGUUUGCAGAGAUGCUGUUGCCUUGGUGGAUCCCAGCCAGCCCAAGCAGAUUCGUGUGUUUGACGUGUUUACGGGUCGGCCCAUGGGGAAUCCAAUUACUCACAAGCUGGACAUCAUCCGAAUUUCGCUCAACCAGCAUGGUUCUGGCAGCGAUCGGAAGAUUGCCAUCUUAGACAAGAACAAGGAUUUGUAUUUGACCCAAGCUUUACAGGCUGACAAGACGGAAAAACUGGGUGCCAUGGUCGACUCCUUUAUGUGGAAUGACAGCACUGAUAUGCUUGUCGCUCUGAUGGAUGAGAAGCUUGUGAUUUUCAUCUACCCAACAGUUGUAUUUGUUGACAAGGACUUGCUGCCUAAGACGCAGCAGUCCAAGAAUUGCACAGAUGCUGGCAAGUAUGCACAAAUCGUGUCCUUCUAUGGCUCGAACUGUACAAUUAGAAAGGCUGAUGGUUCUGAUUUGGCCAUGGUCACCACUCCGUACCCACCGUUGCUUUACCAGCACUUUGAGAAGGGCCAGUGGGAGCAGGCUGUGAGGCUUUGUAGAUAUGUGAAGUCGCCCGAACUUUGGGCCUCCUUGGCAGCCAUGGCCAUCCAUCAACGAGCCCUCGAUACGGUGGAAAUCGCGUUAGCCGCCAUCGAAGAGGUGGACAAAGUUCAGUUUGUGGCCCACAUCAACAAACUGCCGGAUGAUGUUUUGCGCUCGGCUGAGCUGGCGCUCUUCUGCAAACGUCCGGAUGAGGCACUCAACAUCUUGCUGCAAAACAAGCGGAUAUAUCGCGCCAUCAAGAUGAACAUCCGCCUUCACAGACGGAAUGAUGCUCUGGAACUGGCGAAAAAGCACCAGACCCAUGUGGACACCGUGUUAGCUUAUAGGCAACAGCAUUUGCAACAGAUGAAACAUGUGGAAACAAAUGACGAGUUUAAGCAGUGGGCCGGCGAGGUUGAAGUGGCAGACGCCUGA